AUGUCUAAAUUCGGAGUGUUGGUGAUGGGCCCGGCAGGCGCCGGCAAAACCACCUUUUGCAGUGCGAUGAUCCAGCAUCUGCAGACGACGCGGCGGAGCUGUUUCUACGUGAACCUAGAUCCAGCAGCGGAGAGCUUCACCUACGAGCCGGAUCUGGACAUCCGCGAGCUGAUCACGUUGGAAGAUGUGAUGGAGGAGUUAGGACUGGGGCCGAACGGCGGCCUCAUCUACUGUUUUGAGUUCCUCCUCCAGAACCUGGAUUUUAUCUCGGAGGCGAUUGACCCGCUCAGUGAGGAAUAUCUGAUCAUCUUUGACAUGCCGGGUCAGAUCGAGCUGUAUACGCAUGUGCCGCUGCUGCCGUCACUGGUGCAGUUUCUGUCGCGCGCGGGCCCGCUGAAUAUCAAUCUUUGUGCGGCGUAUCUCCUCGAGAGUACCUUCGUGGUCGAUAAGGCGAAGUUCUUUGCGGGCACAUUGAGUGCUAUGUCGGCUAUGUUGAUGCUUGAGAUGCCGCAUGUAAAUAUCCUGACGAAGAUGGACCAGGUGCGGGAUGUGGUGAGUCGCAAGGAACUCAAGCGGUUUACCAAUGUGGAUGUGCAGUUGUUGCAGGAUGACGACAACAGAAACGAUGUGUCCGGGUCUAUGGCAGAUCCAACGUCCAAGGAUGCGUUGAUGAGCGGCGGCUCGUUCAAGCAGUUGAAUCGCACGGUGGCGCAGUUGAUUGAUGAUUUCAGUAUGGUGUCGUUUUUGCAGCUGGAGGUGCAGGAGGAGGAUAGCGUGGCGGCUGUAUUGAGCCAUAUUGACGAUGCUAUUCAGUACCACGAGGCACAGGAGCCGAGAGAGCCGCAAGAUGCGCAGGAGGUGAAUUAUGAGGAUGAUUGA